CGCCUCCACCGCAGAUGAAGGAGGAGCCAGCUAUCCCAGCAGAACCUGCUUGAGGCGGUAGCGGGCCCCAGAACAACCAUCGUGAUAUCCAAGUUGUAGCUUUCAGUCUGUUAGCGAGCAUCAGCGGGCGAAGAUGGUUUUUCCUCAUCUAGGGAUUGCAUUCUUUGUUGUGGUGUGUCUAACCGGUGUAAGUUCCCAGGGAUCUUGUCGCAAAGCCAAACUUUGCUGUUCGGGCAGAGACAGUUCUUGCGUGGUCCAGAAAGCUCCGGUUAAUGCCAUUAUCGAAGAUCUCUCCGAUAAACCCUGUUAUUGCGACCACGCUUGUCUCAAAGUCGGUGACUGCUGCCACGAUUUUAAGGAAGCCUGCGGUGUGACAGACUGCGAAGUGUCGGAAUGGGGUCGGUGGUCUUCGUGCAACGUGGACUGUGGCACGGGUUUCAUGAGUCGAGAAAGGAAUAUAAUUCAGCAUCCUCAGAACGGUGGACGACACUGUCCGGAAUUAAUUCAGAAAAGAGGCUGUUUGGGUACUCGUUGCGAAACUAAAUCGGUUAUUAAAGCACACAGAGAAAUGGCUUUAAUUCUACCAUCCAUGUACUCCCAAAUACGUACAGCCAAUUCUACUAACGAUAUAAGAAAGAACUUGCGACUUCGUUACCCCAAAGAUCCGGCUAAAGAAAGCAGCAAAGAGUAUUGCAUCGUGUUCGAAGUCACUAAAGUCCGCAAGGCGUGCCAUCACAUGGAAGACGAGGUGUCCAAAGUAAUGACGAAAGGAUCUCAGAUAUGCGUAACUUGCGAGCACGCUGCAAUGCGUAAACAUCUAGGUUACAGAUGCAACGGGCACGGGAUCCACAACAAACCGACAAGGUGGGCCACCCUAUCGAAUCCGCAAUGCCACGGACGUUGGAUAAGGAAAGAGAAGAUAGAUCAAUGUCCUUGCCACGAGGGGGGAAAACCGGAUUUCAUAUUCGUCUGAUAUUAAUGAGGAUCGAAUAAAUAAAUAAAUAAAAAGGGAAUAAUCAUUCGUUAACGCAUAAAAAAUAAAACGUCAUCGGUAACACCUACACUUAUUAUUAUUAUUAUUUUUUCUUUUUGUGAAAAACAAUAGCAAAAUUCGCGAUGCUGUCAUUCGAGAUCACGCCGGGUAGAUUCUUGUUUUGUAGCAAGUAUAUCGAGAAUACGCGAUCGUACCAAAUUCCAUUUUGAUAGGUGCUUAACUAUUUCUUUUUCUAGUGUAAAUAUUAAAAAAAGUAGCGGUGUUAAUGUUUGUCUUCCUCUCCACGUUUUUUUUCUUGUUUUUUUUUAUAGAAUAGCUAAUUUGUGUAACAUUACAUUACUUCACUACGUUCGUGAGGUUUUUUUUUACACAAUUUAUAAAUAAAUAUAUAUAUUAUAUGUUGAUAUUCGAAGAUACUCGGAAUAAAUGCCCUUUUAGGCUGCUAUUUUUUACAAUUAAUUAUUCUUUUAUGUUUGUUUUAUUGAAUUUAUGUAUUUGGUUAUAUGUAAUAAAUAAUAUUUAACGUGUU